UCUCGAGACGACCUCAUAUUUCGACAUCGCAUACCAUCGAGGCAUCUGAAAUUCAACAAUUCAUUGCUCUUCCCUUGUUUGGUUUACCCUCGGUUGAUAUUGACAGCUCUGAUACUUGAACUCCAGCUGCAUCACGUGCCACACCCACUUUCCUCCGUGAUAGUUUUUCUCAUCGUGCAGCUUGUGAAGCUUCACAACUCAACUACAUCCCUAAAUUCCCCAAUUGCAUACACCAUGUUACCGACCCCGGACACUUCUCACGUCCCCUACGAGCGAGUCUAUGAACCCGCAGAGGACUCCUACCUCCUCCUAGAUACGCUUUCAUCCGCAACAGAGACUGCAUUUCUCAACCAAGCCUUCCCGGAUGCUGCCCCCCUCGUGGUGGAGGUCGGCACUGGCUCAGGAGUCGUCCUCGCCUUUGUCAACGCCCAUGCGCAGACUCUCUUUGGCACACGCAACAUCCUCACCGCGGGCGUCGACAUGAAUGCCUUUGCGUGCCGCGCCACUGUCGGCACCGUUGGCAAGGCUGAGUCUGAUAAUGCCGACACCCACGGCUUGUACCUGGGCUCGUGCAUGGGCGACCUCGUCACUCCUUGGCGUGAGGGCUCUGUCGACGUCCUCAUCUUCAACCCGCCGUAUGUACCCACGCCCGAGAUGCCUGCUCGACCCGAGUCGUUUACAGCGGAUGAUCUGGCUGUGAGCGCGAAACCCUCCUUUGAUGAAGACUCAUACCUCUUGGCUUUGUCGUACGCUGGUGGACUAGACGGUAUGGAGACGACCGACAGGCUUAUCGAAGGGCUACCACAAGUCCUGUCCCGUCGUGGAUGUGCCUACAUCCUCCUCUGUGCCCAAAACAAGCCUGAAGAGGUCAAGCAGCGCAUCCAAAGAUUCGGACCCGAGUGGCGGACUCUUACCGUGGGGACCAGCGGCAAGCAGGCUGGCUGGGAGAAGCUGCAGAUCGUGCGAAUAUGGCGAGAGUAUGCGAACCUAGUAGAGGAAUAG